UACUUUAGGGCCAUAUUUUCAGUCGUUUUUGAAGCUAUUUCAGUCAAAAUGGAUUUAGCUAAUUCAGAAGAAAGACUGAAAGAGCAAGAAUCUCUAAUGGACAGUGCACAAGAAAAUCAUGGAUUUUGUGGAAAAAUAGUUCGGACUAAAACAUCGAGGCUUUCUUCAAUGCUUGGUCUUAUUGUUGUGUAUUUCUUGGCUGAAGUAGUUGUAGGUCACCUUACAAGCAGCUUGACAUUGAUAGCAGAUUCUUUCCAUAUGUUAUCAGACGCAUUAUCAUUGAUAGUUGCACUUAUAGCUGUGCGUAUGAGCAAACGUGAUGCACAGCAGUCCAUAACACCGUGGCCCUCAAAGCAAGCAUACUUUAACACCUUUGGUUGGGUUCGAUUUGAGGUUGUUGGUGCUCUUAUAAAUGCCACGUUUCUUCUUGCGCUUUGCAUUUCAAUUAUGAUGGAAGCAAUUGAGAAAUUCUACGAUCCAGGUCUGAUUUCUCAGCCUGAGCUUGUACUAGCUGUUGGCGGAGGUGGUUUGUUAAUCAAUGUAAUCGGAUUAGUGUUAUUUGGUGGUCACGCUCACGCAGGCCAUGAUCAUGGUCACGGGCACAAUCACGGUCACGAUCACAGUCACGGUCACGAACAUGAAAAUGGUAAUCAUCAUACCCAUUCACAUCAUGCAGAAACUACCAACAGUUCUGCUGAAGAACACAUGAAUAUGAAAGCUGUGUUUCUGCACGUUUUGGGCGACGCUCUGGGCUCUGUUAUUGUUAUGAUAAGCGCAACAAUUAUAUAUCUUGUACCGUAUGAGGAAAAGAUUAUGGUUGCUACUGGCAACGCUACUGCAGCGAACGUUGUCACUAACGUGAACCAAUGGAUUAUGUACAUAGACCCCGCUAUGAGUGUUUUCCUUGUGUUGAUAAUGAUAACCACAACAUACCCACUGUUUAAACAGUCAAGUCUGGUUCUAUUGCAGACGGUACCAAAGCAUAUUAAGCUGCAAAACAUGAAAGAAAAUAUUCAAACCAUUGAGGGGGUGCAGGAGAUCCAUGACUUUCACAUAUGGCAACUUACUGGUGAGAAGUUAGUGGCAACAGUUCAUGUUCAAUGCAGUGAUGCUGAAACUUACCUGGAAAUAGCUAAAGAGAUAAAACAGAGACUACACGAUGCAGGGAUCCAUUCAACAACGGUCCAACCGGAGUUUCACACCAGUCCCCAGCCCAAUUGCGUUAUGGUCUGUAACACAAACUCUUGUAAAACCAAACGUUGUUGCAGCGUAAAUGACGUUCCCACACUUGCUAAAAAUCCCUCCAAAUCUCCAUGUACCUCACCGACUGUCACGGAAGUUGACGAAACCAACUUGGCUUUAAUCCCACGGUCGCCUUCCACCACUUCUAAUGUAUUUACUUGAUCACAGUGACCUUUAUGACCUCGAGUAACCCCAGACCGCGUGUAGUUGGAGAGAGUAUGCAGUUACUGGUAUAAGAUGUUGCACGUUUAUAUGUACAUGGCGAUAACACAUAUAGUAGGGUAGGGAAAUAUGGGACACCUUUAUAACAUUUUUUUAAAUAUUCUGAUCGGUUUUUAGGCAAUUUAUGACUGUCUAUGGAAGUCAUGAGAAUAUGGUUUUAUAAUUUUUUGAAUGUCCUUUGUUUACCCCCAGAAUGAAAAGGUGACCCAUCUUCCCUACCCUACUAUAUAACAAUUUUGGAGCUAAAAUGAAAUUCCCUGAACUCUCUACUUGAAUAAUGCUACGGUGUCUAUGACUGUUACAUUCAAAAUAAUUGAUGUUUUUUUUGGACCAAAACGUGGUGGUGCUGCAUUUAAUGUGGUAAUGUUUAGACCAUUUUUAAUCAAGUAUUAUACUUGACAAUUUCUUUACUCGUAUUUUCUUUUAGUUAUGAUAUGUUUUCUGCGCUAUGCAAUAAAACAUAAAAAAA